AUGGCAUCAGAUGCCCCGGACCUGCACAAUCCCUUCGCGCAGGCUCCUGAUCCUACUUCCGCUUCCGCCAUGGACGAGAAUCCCGUCCUCUCUCCCCGCUCCUCUGUCGACGGCGCUGCUGGCGUACUCGCCGCUGCCGCCGGCGCUCUUGACGCCGAACCUCUUCAGCAGGCCGCGCCAGUCGCCCCAACCGUCCCUCCUCCCUCUCCUUUUCCCUCCGCCAUUCUCCAAACUGUCGACAUUCGUCGUCAUGUUCCCGUCGUUCUGGACCUUCUCGCCGGCAACUACUCACAGUGGAGGCGCCACUUCGACACGGUGCUCGGCAUGUUUGGCCUUCGCACGCACGUCGAUGCCGCCGCGGUCCCUCGCCCUCGUGAUCCGGAGUGGCAGAUGGCCGGCCACACCGUCGUACACUGGUUGUACACCACCAUCUCGCCGGAGCUUCUCGAGGCGGUGAUGCAGUCGGAGGACACGGCCCUGACCGUGUGGCGCGCCGUCGACGACAUCUUCCGCAACAACCAGUUAGCGCGCGCCGUCUACAUCGACGCCGAGUACCACGCCGUCGUCCAGGGGGACAUGACCGUGAUGCAGUACUGCACCCGGCUCAAGAGCUUUGCCGACCAGCUCCGCGACCUGGGGCAGCCGGUGACGGACACGCGUCAGGUUUUUCAUCUCCUUCGCGGCCUGAACCGCCAAUACCACUCUGUCAUCCCUCACAUCACCUCCCAGAACCCGCUGCCGUCGCUCCUCCAGGUGCGCUCGUUUCUCCUCUUGGAGGAACACCGCGCCGAACAGACUGCUCGUCUACAGUCCGCCCAUGCUCUCUGGGCUGGCCGCGGCUCCUCUACACCGCCGGCUCCGGCUCCACCAGCACCCCCUCCCGGCAACGACAACACCUCGCGUGGGCGCGGGCGCCAGCGCCGCCGUGGUCGCGGCAACGGCGGCCCUCCUGCUUCGCUCGCCCAACCGGCACCGCGCGCGCCCAUCUGCCCUGCACCGGCGCCCGGCGCCAACUCAUGGACGGGGUUGGUUCAGGCCUGGCCCAUGCAAUGGCGUGCCCCCGGCUCUGGUGUGCUUGGGCCGCGACCGGGCACGCCGCACCAGCAGGCCAUGUUCGCGGCGCCUACCCCCUACGGCUACGGUGCUCCUGGCGGCGCUCCUCCAGGCUACGGUGCUCCCGGCGGGCCUCCUCCUGCCUACGGUUCUCCGGGCGUUAGUUCGUCUACUGCACCGCCGUAG